UAAACCAUUGCUCAUCUUCUUUACCAAAAGAAAAAAAAAGCUCUACACUUUCUCUCAAACUAGACACCCUCUUCACUACUUCUUCAAGUUCCAUCACCUCAAACAAAACUAGUAUUAACAUAAUCUUCUGCUGAUUAUGAUGAAGGACGAGACCACCGGCGCCGGAGGUGGCGGAGGAGGAGCAGGGACCAAGGCAUGGGCAAGAGUGUGCGACACUUGCAGAGCAGCGGCCUGCACUGUCUACUGCAGGGCUGACUCGGCAUACCUCUGCGCAGGUUGCGACGCUCGGAUCCACGCUGCCAACCGUGUGGCAUCGCGGCACGAGCGGGUUUGGGUCUGCGAGGCAUGCGAGCGUGCCCCGGCGGCCUUUAUCUGCAAGGCAGACGCUGCUUCGCUCUGCGCCACCUGUGAUGCUGACAUCCACUCGGCGAACCCGCUCGCCAGGCGUCACCACCGGGUCCCUGUACUUCCUAUAUCGGGGUGUCUUCACGGCCCUCCAGCAACUGACCGGGUCGGAUCGACCUUGGUUGGGGGAACCGGUGAUGGGUUCUUGUCCCACGAGGGUAACGAGGGGAUUGAUGAUAUUCAGAAUCCGGAAGACGAGGACGAGAAUGAAGCGGCGUCGUGGCUUUUGCUGAAUCCGGUUAAGAACGGUCAGAAUCAGGGGAAUGGGUUCUUGUUUGGCGGGGAAGUGGACGAGUAUUUGGAUCUUGUGGAGUACAAUUCCGGUGUCGACAACCAGUUUGGUGAUCAUCAGUACGGUCAGACCAAUAAUCAGAUGCCGCAGAGUUACGGUGUUUCGCAGCAGAAAAGCUAUGGUGGCGAUAGUGUGGUUCCGGUUCAGUGUGUGGAUGGGAAAAGCCAGUUGCAGCAUCAGCAGAACCAGACUGGUUUUCAACUGGGAUUGGACUUUGAAUCCUCAAAAUCUGGCUACAGUUACAAUGGUUCAAUUAGUCACAGUGUUUCUGUAUCAUCAAUGGAUGUGAGCGUUGUACCAGACUCGACCAUGAGCGAUAUCUCUAUCUCCCACCCACGACCACCUAAAGGGACAAUAGACCUUUUCUCAGGGCCCCCAAUUCAAAUGCCGACCCAACUGACUCCAAUGGACAGAGAAGCAAGAGUCCUAAGGUACAGAGAGAAAAAAAAGACAAGGAAGUUUGAGAAGACAAUAAGGUAUGCCUCAAGGAAGGCCUAUGCAGAGACCAGACCAAGGAUCAAAGGCAGGUUUGCCAAAAGAACAGAUGUAGAAGUCGAAGUUGACCAGAUGUUCUCCACAGCUCUAAUGACAGAAGCUGGAUAUGGCAUUGUCCCAUCAUUUUAAUUAAAAAAUGAAAACAAAAAAAAGUUUGCAAUAUCAGAAGAGAAGUCUUAGUUUUGUUUUUUUUUUUCUUUAUUCACUGAAGUCCCUAUUACUGAUAUAUAAGUGUUAUAUAUAUUGUACUGUUUCACCAAUGUGUUUGGUCUAGAUUAUGAAUCUGAUGUAAGCCUUCCUGGUGCUGAUAUUUUUGUAUACACUAGUGCUUUAUUAUGUAAAUGUACACAUGUAUAUUUCUAUUUCAAGUCAAUCCUAACAUGUAGAGCAUAAUAAUGUUCUAUGAGUAUUGUUUU